AUGCUUUGUCUUCUUGUCGAAAUCGCGCACUGGAGCCGAGCUGUGUGCUGGGAGAGCAGAGGCCGCGGCGUGGAUUGGGCAUUGAAGGUGUUGCUACUUUUCUUUGUUGGUGGCGCCGCGAGCUGCGAGAAGCUCCUGCGCUGCCAGAAGGUUGAUGCAGGUGACGAGCCACUGAACGAGCACUCGUUCCGCGUCGCGUUGCCUCACCUGAGGUGUAAGGACCAAGACAUGGAAUCUGCCUGGGCACUUUACGUCGGGUAUGGCUCUGCCUUUGCAUAUGGUAUUAUGAUUCCCAGCUUCCUCGUGUACCUCAUUGCAAAGCAGAAUCUGGAGCUAGCCAUCAACCGACGCUGCGUAUGCUGGUGGACUAAAGCAAACCAGGGAAAGCAGGUCAUUGCGCAGGCAAAGCUUAUUGAGCCGCUGGAAGAUGAUGCCGAGACGGCCGAGGACAAACCAGAGGUGGCCCAGCAAGACGACGGACCUGGCGACGGUGACAAUCCAGAUGCGGCCCCCUUCCCAUACAGUUGGCAGCAGGAUUCCUCGACGGCGGCAGAGCUCCAGGCGAAACACCAGGAUCCAGUGGAAGCUGCCCGGCAAAAAAGCGAGCCUGUUGACGGUGGCAAUCCAGAUGAGGAGAUAGUUUCUGCCAACCUCCUGGCAGCAGCCAUCGCCUACGCUGCCGUUUUCUUCCGUGGCGAGGUGACUAUUGAACGAAAGCCCGAUUCUAUGACUUUGGAGCAGAAGGACGGUGAUGAGAACGAUAAGUUCACCGAAAUUGAUGCGACGAGCAUCUUUUCGACCAUGUUUUCGAGCAUCGCUUCAAAAGAGCACAAGACGGACAUCGACAUUAGGCGGUGCCAGAGCAUCACCAGGAUGCUGGCGGAGCAUGAGGUGAUCGAGAAGAAAGCAGAAGAUGACCGGAUUCUGGCUGGCGCCAAGACGAUUUUCUUCAAGUACGCUGCGUGCGACGAUGUGUGGGUGGAAGCGUCGCUGAAAGUGGUUGCUGUUGCUUUGGUCACCACUGUUUCGGUGAACUCUGCGUUGCUGACGCUCUUCAUCACGGUCGGCAUGGCAAUUCUCUUGGGUGCCCAGAAGCCGUACAAGCAGCGCCAGGUGAAUGAUCUUCAAAGUGGAUGCUUCAUUUGCUUGUCGAUGGCCGCUUUGGGCUUUUGGCUAGAGACUCCUGAGAUUCCUGGGCGGCUCCUUGCCCGGUUGGCGCUCGUGUUGCCUUUCCUUGCAGCCGGCGUGCAGAUGCUGCGGCCAGAUGGCCCUGAAGCCCUUGCACUGCGGCUUCACCAGGAGGCCAAGGCCAAACUCAAGGAGAGCAAGUCCGUGGAGCUGUCGGUGAAGAAGGUCAAGUUCAUUUAG